UUCAUCAGCUGAAGAUGAAAGCAAGGUGGCUCUUCCCUCUCUUUUGUUUGCUCUCAGUGCCCAGUGUCAAAGGCCAGACUGCAGAUGUCAUUACCCAGCCAGACGUGGUCCAUGCUCUGCCCGGUACUGAUGUGACCCUGGUGUGCAUGUUCCCAAAACCACCCACCACCCACAUCAUCCAGACACAGUGGUCCAAGAUUGAGGAUGACAGCCCAUCUACCAAAAUAGCUGUGCAUCACCCCACCUAUGGCACCCAUUACUUCACGUUUUCUGAGGCUCCUUACAGCUUUUUGGUGUCCUUCAGCACAAGGAGGUGCUGUGGUGGGGAUGACACUGGGCCCUUGUGUUCCACCAAUCCAAAUGCCACGUCUGAAUGCAGCUGGUGGGCUCUGCAUCUGGAAAAUGUUACCCUGUCCCUUAGUGGGCAGUAUGAAUGCACUUUUGCUACUUACCCAUAUGGGACAAAGGCUGCAAAAAUUCAGCUUACUGUCAAGGCAGAAGAGGAGAGGCACUACCUGAAGAAUGUGUGGUUAAAGCAGACUUUAGAAAUUCCAUGCCAGGGGGACACGACCGCAGAAAAUUUGUCCACUUAUCCUUUGAAAUGGCUAGUGGGUGAAAACGGGAGGAAAGAGGAACUCGUGACCAAGGAGCCCUCCUGUCCUGCUGUGUACAGGAACAGCAGCUUGCUGCAUGGCCAAAGAGUCCUCCUGGGUUUGAACAGCACCCUCAAGGUUUUCCCCACCAAAAUUACUGAUGAUGGCAGAGUGUUUUCCUGCCACGUGCUGUACCACCCAGAGAGAGUCCAGAGGAGCAGCACCACUGUGAGAGUGUUUGCUUUUCCUGAGAUCUUCAUUAGCCUGCAGGAGGGCUCAGCCAGCACCUCGCACAAGCCCAAUGUGAGCUGUGUCGUGAGGAAGGCGUUCCCCAAGCCAAGGCUCCUGUGGUACAUGGACAGAGCGAUCCUGACGGAGCAGCCUGGAGAAAUUUCUGUGGUACAAGAAGACUUGCAAGACAGUGAAGGUUUCUAUGAGUUGAGAUCAACACUGAUGCUGCAAGGCACCCAUGAGACACAGAAGACAUUCUCAUGUGUGUGUCUGUUUCCCUUCCUGGGAAAUGAAACAAGGAAUAUUUCAUCAGAAGAAAUAUUUGUUUCCUUCGACAAUAAGUCUGAUGAAGCCUCAGCUGAAGUUUUUACCACCACAGUUUCAGAUGACUUCAGUAAUUCAACACUUACAUCAGCUGUCACGACAGCCUCAGAGCACCAGCCGACAUCUGUGGCCUCUCUGGAUUUCACAAGUCAGGCAAAUUUGGCUCCUGCUUCCACAACACAAGGUAACCUGUCCUACAGCAUCACAGACCAGACAAUUUCAGUUACCAGAGGAAAAGAUUUCUCUCCUACCAGCAGCCUGCUGAACAGUACUGGUGAUGGGAGGAACACCAAAGCCAGUCGCUUCCCCUGGCCAACAGUGGUGGCUGUCCUCCUCCUCCUCUGCACCUCUCUGGUAGCUUUAGUCAUCAGGAAAUGGUGUCAGUACCAGAAAGAGAUUAUGAACAGACCUCCGUCUUUCAAGCCACCGCCACCUCCAAUAAAGUACACCUCCAUGGUAGAGUCUGAUGGGACUCCCCCAUCCUGCCACGAACUGGAAAACCUCUAACAUCACCUGUGUAACACCCCUUGUGUAGCACACAGAAGGCUGACACAGUUAAAAGGCUCUGCCUUUAGAACAGGAGCUUGGUGUUAAUGACCCUUAUUAAAAUUCAGAGCUCCUACAGUGACAUUAAUUUUGGAAGCUGAGCACU